CUCGAAUUCAAAUAAUGGCAGCGCCCUGCAUAAACAGAUUCGCUUUGAUUUUUCGUUCUAUUUCAAGAACAGGUAGCAUUUAAAACAAAGACAACCCCUCUCAGUUAUUCUCACAAUCAUCACUUCAUUAACAUCAUGGAUCACUUAAUGGAUGUGGAGGUUAUGGAGAAGGCUGCCGAUGCAGAGACUGCCCUGAAACAGGUCAAAGAGUGCAUAAAGUUCAAGGACAGCAAGGGACUAAAAACAGUAAUUCUGGAGCACAAACUGAAGGACCAGUCUGUGUUCUGGGAAAUCGCAUCGGAACUGACUGCCAACCUGACAGAAGAAAACUUAGAACAGCAUGAAUAUUUCUUUGAGACUUGCCAGAGGUGCAUGAACUAUGUCAUUGCAAAUGGGAAUCCCAAAGAGCUGCUGUUGGCAGUUUUGGAGCAGGCUGAUUCCUUUAAAGAUGACCAGAAGUUUAAGUGUAUAUUAGAAAACGUGCAGAAGAUUUUGUUGAAGUUGCCAAACAAACGACAUCAUUCAUUGGAUGUCACGUUGGAGACCCUCUCAGCUCAUAUUGAGGCCAUUCCACAGGCUAAGGACCACAAUCUCGAUCAUGAGGAGAGAAAAUUGCUAGAAAUGGACCCUUCGGUAAUGCGGGCAACCGAUGUUGUUUUGUGCUACCUGGAAUUCCUUAGUCCUUUUGUGGAAGAAGUAUCUAUGAGAAAUCCAAAAGUAACUUUCUCUAAGUCUACUCCACAAGUUCAACUCCUGGUCAAGUACUUGAUGAAGCUUCUGUCUCAUCCACUGUAUCAUCUAGAUAUGACCUUCAAACCAAAGGAGCAAGAAGAAAAAGAGAAAUCUUACAGUAGAGUGUGUGCAGAAAGACUGAUUGAUCAACUUGCACAGCUGUGUCCAAACUUCUUUGCUUUGAUUGAAGAUGAAACCAAGAAAAGGAGCAUGCAAGCCAAGCUCAAGGAAAGUGAAGCUAGAGAAGAUGAAGAAAAUGAAGAACUUGAGGAAGAGGAGGGGGAUGAUAAAGUGAAAGACUGGAAAGAAGAUAAGCUAAUUCCUGAAGAAAGCCUUGCUUGCUUGUCAUAUAUAGUCCUGGCAGAGGGUCUUGGUCUUGAUCAAAUGCCUGCUGUCUACAACCAUAAGUUCAUGCUUAGAUUUCAUCUUCCCUUCAUCAAGUCAUUCUUGGAGGAUCAACACUCCAUUGUGAAACUGAAAGGAGUUCUCCUGUUGGAGAAACUCAUGUUUGUCAUACCGCCCAUGUCUUUUACACAUUACGAACUGGAUAAUGAUUUCUACAAGGACAUUCUCAAUCUACUCAUUUCCACUAUGACGCAUUGCCAGAACAAAGACAUUCGCAAAUCAUGUGUUCCGAUUUUUUCAAAUUUCUUUGGCAUGUUUAGUCUUCAAGGCAGACAUCGUCUGUACGAAACUGUGUUCAACACUUGCAAACACUCUGGAGUUGUGGGCCACACCUUGAGUUUGUAUAAAGAACAAGUCGAUUCCCUUCUAAAGAAAGGAGAAGGUCCAGACAAUAUCUUUCUAGGGAAAAAUCUCAUUCGAGUAUUCAAACUUGUGUCGGUUAUACCAGAUGGAGUCACAACAGAUUUGUUGGAAAAUUCAGACAGGAUUCUUUCAGUGUUGAACUUUGUCCGAUAUUUAGUCCUGAGAGAUAAACCUGCUGAAAAUCAAACCGGGUUUUGGGAACUCUAUCCCAAUCUGGACAAAGAGUUCUUCGAGCCUCUCCGACAAGCAAUAAUUCUGUCUAAAGGUCACUACAAUUUGGAUCUAGAAGAUGUGAGGAAAGGGAAUCCCUUACCCACAGAGAACACAGAGUUCAGUGUGAAUGUUGGGGGAGAGAGACUGGGGCCUGUGUCCAGGGAACAGCAGAUUCAGGUCAUUGAGUCCGCACUCAACACGUUCGACAUGAUGGACAGUAUACUCAGUCGAACCAUCGAGUUGGCUGACGCUCAGAAAAGAAGUGUGAAAGCCAAUUAAGCUGAUAGUAAAUGAACUCUUUGAUAUUGGAUACAAUUAAACAUGCUUAAUUUACUUUGAAAUUAUGGUAUUGCAUUAUUGACAUAUAUUAACAUGAUUCAAAAAAAUUUAAUUGUUGUGUGAAAAUGUACAUGUAAUAAAGCAAAAAAGUUUAUUUCUGUGUAUCAAACAAUUCCUUUAAACAAAGAACAACUACU